ACCUUGAAUACACGAUGCGACACGCGUCUGCUCGGCAGCGAACUCGAUCACUCGUCGUCGAUUCGCGCACACAGCGUCGCUAUCGAAUCUCGGCGGUCCGGCGGUGCGCUCGCAAUUUUCGCUCACAACAAUAAUAUCAUCUGUGCUCGUUCACAAUAACGUCACAUUAUCAGUACCUAUAUCAUAUUGUAUCUCAAAUAUACAAUUUUUUUUUCUGCACCUUGAAGCGACAACAUGAAACCGACCGUAGCGCUUCGGCACGCGGUUUCGGUGCUGGUCGCGGUGGUACUAAUUUCGGCCAGGCCCGGCCACGGUAUGGCGUACACAGUUUUCCAGGCAGUGGUCGAGUACUACCGGAUGGUAGCACCGGAACCAAUAGACGCAGUGCCGGACGCGCCGUACGUUGGCCGGCAGUAUGACUUUAUUGUGGUGGGCGCCGGUUCCGGUGGGUCGGUGGUAGCCAACCGGUUGACCGAGGUGGCAGGCUGGACGGUGCUACUGAUCGAGGCGGGUGGCGAAGAGAACGCCAUGACGGACGUGCCACUGCUGGUCAGCUAUCUAAUUGGCAGCGGAUACGACUGGGGCUACCGGACCGAACCACAGGACGGCGUGUGCGGCGCGAUGGAUGACCGCAAGUGUCGGUGGCCACGGGGCAAGGUGAUGGGCGGCACCAGUGUCCUCAACUACAUGAUGUACACGCGGGGCAUACCGGAGGACUACGACCGUUGGGCCAGGAUGGGAAACGCCGGUUGGAGUUACGCGGACGUGCUGCCGUACUUUAAGAAAUCAGAGAACCUGGGAGACGGCCGGGUCGCUGCGUCACCGGAGGCAGCGCAUCUGCACGGCCGGGGUGGAUACCUUAAGGUCCAGGAACCAUCGUGGAAGACGCCGCUAGGACCGGCGUUCCUGCGCGCCGGCCGCGAGUUGGGCUACGAGACGCUCGUCGAUUACAAUGGACCACGGCCACUUGGCUUCUCGUACGUACUGGCCACGACAGACCACGGAUCCCGAUGCAGCGCAUCUAAAGCCUUCCUGAGGCCGAUCCGGCACAGGCCCAACCUUACGGUGGCCAAGCGGACGACGGUCACCAAGGUGCUCAUCGAGCCUGGCACAAAGCGCGCGUACGGUGUGCGGUUCGUCAGGAAUCGUCGGACCUCCAUGGUGUACGCCCGCAAGGAGGUGAUACUGUGUGCCGGGGCGUUUAACUCACCGCAGCUGCUCAUGUUGUCGGGUGUUGGCCCGGCCGAACACCUAGCCGACGUUGGCGUGCCCGUCGUUAGCGACCUCCGGGUAGGUUACAACCUGCAGGAUCACGUGUCCAUGGCCGGACUGGUGUUCCUGGUCAACCAGUCGGUGACCAUUGUCGAAAGUCGGUAUCGGAACCCUAGGUACCUGGUCCAGUAUGCCCUAGACGGUGAUGGACCGCUGACCGUGCCCGGUGGCGCCGAAGCGGUGGCGUUUACGGCCACGCGGUAUGCAACCAACGGGUCCGUGGUACCCGACAUGGAACUGGUUUUCGGUCCCGGAGCGCUGACCGGCGACACGGGCGGCUCACUGCACCGCUUGUUCGGAAUGCGCGAAGACUUCUACGAACAGGUGUACGGUGGGUUCCGCGGCCGGGACGCUUGGGGCCUAGUGCCCAUACUGCUACGACCACGCAGUCGCGGCCGGGUCAUGUUGCGGUCGACCAACCCGUUUCACGCGCCGCUUCUCUUCCCCGGCUACUUGUCUGACACCCACGACCGCGACGUGCUCGUCGAAGGCAUAAAACAGGCUAUCGCAGUGAGCAAAACCCAAGCAUUUCAAAAAUACGGGUCUACGCUGUUGUCGGUGCCGUUCCCGGGCUGUGAACACGAGACAUUCGGGUCGGACGCGUACUGGGGUUGCUCUAUCGGUCAGCUGACCACUAACCUUCACCACCAGGUGGGCACGUGCAAGAUGGGACCUGCCUCGGACCCGGACGCCGUGGUCGACCCAAAGCUGAGGGUGCGUGGCGUCAAAGGGCUCCGGGUGGUGGACGCGUCCAUCAUGCCGCUGAUACCUGGCGGUCACACCAACGCGAUGACGUUCAUGAUUGGCGAGAAAGCGGCCGACAUGAUCAAGGAAAACUGGAUCAAAUGAUCGAACCGGUCGUGCUAGGCUGCUGCCUCUGUGGAUACCACAGAUAACAUAUUAUGCUACGGUGCUAAUGACGAGUGAAAUAUGAUAAAUCAAUCAUUUGUUCGCAUGAUGUAUUGGACAAUGUAAUCGUUUUGUGAAAUACAUUCGUCAUCGUCAAUAUCGCGGUUCAUAUACCUAUACUAAUGCAGUAAUGCAUAAUAAAUCGAUUACUCACGUUUGAUUCAAUGAACAAUAUAGUGUUUAAUUGUUUAAUAUACUAUACGGUAUAAGCUAUAUUAUGUAAAUAAGAAGAUUAUAGACUUUAGUUGUGUUCGCCAAAAAUCAACACGUAUCUCAGAAUUUAAUUUUCGUUACCUCGAAUAUAAUAUUAAAACGUGUCUCAUUAACAGAUAUUUCUAACUCAUUUCAUCCCCACCACCAAUAAGAGUCUAUAUUAUGUUACCGGCAAAGACGUAAGUUAAGGAAUUAACGUUAAUGACUAGUCAAUAAAAUGAACUCUAAUUUUAGGUAGGUACUUAUUAUAAGUUGUAAAUAGUUAUGUAUGUAAAAGUUUAAAUAAUGUGUUUGUACAUUUUAAUAAUUAAAAACGGCCUUGCGUUGUAAAGUCGAUUUAUCGAUUUAUCUAUAAUGGCUACUAACAAUAACGUACUUUCCAACUCUAAUACGUCGAUGGCCGUACAUUUCGUACAUUUUAAAUAAAAGAUAGCCGUCUAUCGGGUGCAUAUGUCAUCUAUAUAGUAGAUUUACAAUAUAAACCGCGAUUACUUAUUUGUCAUAAUAAUUAAUUAAUAAUUAUAUUAAUGAAAUUAUAAUAUUUGUACACACGCAUGCUUAUAGUACCUACUUUCAAAGUGUCACGGUACAUCAAAUUUAGAAAAUAAAUGAUUCAAUUUAUUUAUUUUAUCUGUGCAAUGUAUAAAUGUAUAAUUUAUUUUAUACCCAUUAUUACAUUUCUGACCCAAUUUAAAUAUUUCGCUAAACAAAAUUAUCAACAUUGUCUAUCAGUAUUAAAUAUUUAUAUAAUUUUCUAAUCAUUAUUGUAAAUGUGUUGACAAAAUAUUUGAAUUUUACAACCUUUCCUAUGUUGUCAGUCAAUGCCUAGGCAUUGACAAUAUUGAAUACUAAUGUUAGGAAUUUAUGAUAUUGGCUAGGCAUUUACGUUAUUACCUAAUUUGUAUCAUUGACGAUAACAUAUACAUAUUAUAAUAAAUACCUACAUAAAAUGCGCCCAAUCAAUAGCAUAUUUUGGUAUAUAAAUACAUAAUAUGAUAUUAUCUAGUCAAAAAAGAAAAUGUGCAAUACAUUUUGCUUCCAUUUUAUUUAUUUUUGUUUUAAAUUACACUUUAGUUUAUUCCUAUUUCUGAUUAUGGGUAUUAUGUAAAAAUGUUUGUUACAAUAAUUGUCGUGCUAUAUAAUAUAAUAUUGAUGUAUAAGAAUAAAACAAUAUUUUUUUGUAUGUCUUACUAAUCUUAAAUUAAAGAUAAAAAAAAUGCAAUGCAAACAAUGUAAAACUUGGUUUUUCAUAAAUAAUCACCUAGUGUAAAUUAUGUAUAAUUUAAUUGUUUUUCUUAAAUAGGUAUUACUUUUUUGUAUUAUAUUAGAUGUCAAUUGUGAAAUAUGUUAUUCGUUGUAAAACUU